AUGCCAACUAACCAUCCUAUUACAUCACAUAAUGAGCCUGGAACUUCGUCUACAGCAUCAUCAUCACCAUCACCAACAUCAACUAAUCAUCACAUAAGAGAAGACGAGGAGUUACUUCAACAGCAGCAACAACAGCAGGAGCAACAGGCACAAGAGGAACAGCAGCGUCAACAACUACUUAAAUUACUACAGAUACAACAAUUAAUUGAAGCCAAUAAAGUAAGAGACUGUCAGAGUGAUGAUGAAGUUCAACUACCUAACCAGCAACACUUGAACAAUGACGAUGCAUACGACCAUUUACUCAAUAAUGACCGAGGCUCGCACAAUAAUAUCACUCAUCUCAAUAACUCAAACUUUAACGAUGUGGACACUCAAGGUAAUACUAAUAACAACCAUGACUUGCAGAACAAACGUCCAACGCUUUCAUCAAGAAAUACCACUUCUGAUACCACUCAAACCUCAUCUGAACACAUGGACGAUUUCGGCUGUCCUGUUGUGACACACAAAUCUGACUUGCUGCCAGCAAAAGGAGCAAAAUCAUCAACAUCCACUCUUGCCAAGCACAUCCUGACUAGACAACAACAUCCAUAUCUUAGAAACAUGGCAACAUUGAGACUGAAGCAAAAAUUCAGUUUAGAUCAUUUUGAUUGUAAUAGACGUGUAUUCAAGUCAUCAUCACACUGGCAUACUAACCAUCAUCAGUAUGAACGACCACAACAAUCGACUUCUACGUUUUAUAAUGCCUAUUUACAACCCAAUGCACAGUUUAUUGGAGAACAACAAUCAGGAAAGUCAAAGUUUAGAAUCAAGGUUGAAUUUAAGACUGUAGACUUGAAAAAUUCGUUGGUUACGGGCUUUUUACAAAUUAAUGGAUUAACUAAAGACCAUCAGGAGAUUGUUACAUAUUUCAGAGGAGAAAUUAUAAAUAACCCACUUUUCAGUCAACAACAACAACAACAACAACAAUUUGCCUCAUCAACCUCAGAAUUCAACCCCACACAUGACGAUGAAUUCAAAAGAUACUCAUUUAUGGCUGAGAACAAGAGUUGGGGAUCAUCUACUGAUAAUGAUUUAGAUCAUUGGCAAAGACUCACCAAAUCACCAGUUUUUCCUACUUUCCCAACUUUACCAACUCCACAAUAUUCAACGUGCCCAUAUACUUCUACAACCACCAUUCCUCCCUACUCGUCUUCAAGAUCAAAGAGCGAUGAACAAAAUAAGGAAUUUAUGAACGAUUUGGCCAAAAUUUAUCAAGGUCAAAGUACUAAUGACAAGGAUCAACAUCAAUACAUAUAUAUGAGAUGGAAAGAAGAGUUUUUGUUACCUGAUUCAAGAGUCAAACAAAUACCCAAUGCUUCAUUUGAAGGGUUUUACUAUAUUGUUUUGAAUAUUGGUAAUAAUCAAGUCGUGAAUGAAGAGACAUUAGAGAUGGAGGUAGAUGCGGAUAUAGAUGGGGAAGACUCGGCUUAUGCGGCCAUUAACUGUGGCGGUAUAGGUGGAUCUAAACCGGGUGAUAUUAAUGGGUUAUAUUAUCAUAUUUCAUCGGAAAAGUUUCAAUCUUUGUCACUAAGUCAUGUUAAUAAUCAUGGAAUUUCAAGUACAUUUGACUUCAAUUGA